AUGAGUGGCACCACCGGAGGAACCGUGACCAUGACUGCGACUCAUCUCGAUGGAGCACCUGUACCUCCUCCGCCAAUCACACAGAAGCUGUUCAUCGAACUCCAUCCUACCGUCAUCGAGAAAGACAAUUCUAUCCAUUCCGAGCAUGGUGUUAUCCACUACCCAUUCUGGUUCGGAGGAUUGGCAAGCUGCGUGUCCAAUAUCUGCACACAGCCUCUGGGAGUUGCGGGUUUGAGUGCAUCGCUCACACGAACGUUCUUCUACUCGGGCGUGCGUUUCGGCAUGUACGAGAAGCUCAAGGAGCUGGGAAGCACUUCCACUCAUGCUCCCUCCGGCCUCACCCUUGCCCUCAUGGCUGCAUCUUCGGGCUUCACCGGCAGCGUGUGCAGCAACUUCGCCGACGUCGUUUGUCUCCGCAUGCAGGCUGAUCCAGGCUUACCAUCUGAAUUGCGUCGCAAUUACAAGAAUAUCGCCGACGGUGUGCAAAAGAUGGUGCGUGCCGAAGGCUGGAACAGCAUCUGGACUGGUGUUUGGCUUGGAGCAGGCAGGGCAGCUAUCGCCACAGCAACUCAACUGGCUGGAUACGAUGUCAUCAAACGUGAAUUGAUGAAACGAACCUCGAUGGGCGACAACGUUCCUACCCAUAUCACCGCCAGUUGCUUGGCAGGCUUCUUGUCCACCUUCAUCUGCAGCCCCCUCGAUGUCUUCAAAGCUCGCUUCAUGACUCGCAAAUCUUCAGCUCACAGUAUGGCCGUCAUGCUUGAGCGUACAUUCAAGAAUGAAGGUGCUGCUUGGAUGUUCAAAGGCCUGACACCUGCUUUGAUCAGCAGAGCACCUUCCACCAUCAUCACUUUUGUCACUCUUGAGCAGCUGAGGAAAGUCUAUCGUCACAUGCAUGGUUUGCAGGAGUAG